AUGCUUCAACGACCAACACCCUCAGGCAUGAUGCCUGCAAGCCAAUCUAACGGCCACCAUCAAUACACAACUUCGGCACCGAGAGGAGGAGGAGGAUAUCGAGGGAGCACUGUUCCCGUUCAGUCAUAUGCCUUUGCACCCCAACCGAAUCUGAAUCAGAGCCUGCAAUGGCAGCAGUACGGGACCUACCGGACGAAUUCAGCACCCUCCGGAAUUCCCACGCAGACUUUCGACCCCAGCCUGGUUCAGCGCUCUCAUCGCACCAACCCAUCCGUCACAAACAUGGCCUUGAUUCCUACCUACAACGGUAGCCACAGCAGUGGCCACAGCAGCGGUCAUAGCAGCGGUCAUAGCAGCGGUCAUAGCAGUGGUCAUAGCAGCGGUCAUAGCAGCAGCCACAGCAGUAGCCACGGUAGCAGCAGUGCACGCGAUGACUCUGUCAAGUCUCCGUCUAGAAAUGCCGCGACACGCCCCCAGCUUUCGCACGCUUCUACCGGAUCACAGUCGACACUGCCUUCCAGUGCGAUGUCCAAGAAUGCACCCGAUCGAUAUCGGAGACCAAGCCACUCAAACACUCGAUCCCAAAGCUCGAACCCCCCGCUCAGUCCCGGCAAUCAAAAUCAGAUGUAUCAUGCACCCAGCGGCUCUCGAUCAGUCCCGAACCUGGCAGCUUCUCCCUCGCUCGGCCCGGGCGGCUCCAUGGAUGACUCGAAUCUGCACCGCAGACCGUCCCCAGAUGAGGCAAAGAAGAUGCGCCGCCGAAGCGUGCAUACCAUACAAUCCACAGAUUCGUUCAGGCCUCUUCUGAAGCCCGAAAACUCCCCUCGUCCAGAGCAAGCUGUCAAUGUCAAGAGCGUUGACAGGAGUGAAAAGUCUCCUCAGGUUGCUCAGAAGAUGGCUAUGCACGUCCGUAAAGGAAGUAAUGAUAGCGCAUCGUCUAGUCGAAGCAGUCAUUCGCGAUCGGCCUCGUCUUCCAACCGCAAUCCGACUACCCCCACCGGCAACCCCUCUUCACCGGGCGCUGACGAAACACCGGUCAAGAGCGAUCAGCUCAAGGUAGCGAAUAUACCUGCGAGAGGUUCAUCUGCCGAUGGAGUUAAGCGGACACUUAGUCCUUCUCCCUUAUCCAAACCCGCCACGAUGGCAAAUGAACCAACUGGUGAUGCCACCGCCGCCGCAGCGCCCUCGGGCAAGAGUGCGGUGUCCCCCGCGGCAAAGCAGCUUGCAGCAAUCAAUGAAAAGGACGUCAAGGGAAAGACUAAAACCUCUAGGCUUCGCCGCGCCUUUUCAUUUGGAAGCGCAGCUGAAUUCCGAAAGGCUGCUGGUCCUGAUGGCGAAGGCAUGGAAAGAGUGGAAGCAGCCAAGCUCCGCAAAGACCCAACAUCGGAGGAGGCUUAUGACGCCGAGCAAGCGCGAAUUGCUGAAGCACAAGAAGCCGCCGGUAUUGGCAAUAGCAUCUAUGGCGGUCGCUUCUUUGGUGGAUCGACGGAUAACCUCUCCAUCUCGUCUACUGCCUCAUCUGCUUCUAUUAUGAUCAGGAAGAUGGGCCGUGGCAUGAAAAAGAGCACCCGUUCGCUGGUUGGCCUCUUCCGGCCGAAGUCUGUUGUGGGCGUGCCGGCGGCCGAUGGUCCUGUUACCGAGGGGCAGGCUGCCGUGUCUAUGAUUACCGUGGAAGCAGAGACUCGACGUGUCAACGUGACCGCGGACCCCCAGGCCGGCAAAGGUGGUACGGGAUUCCCUCGCCUCGAACGCAACUCCCUUGACGCUACUCAGAUCCCUGAAAUUGGAGCAGAGCGUCUGGGCAGUGCAGGAACGGAUAACUCUGGACCUCGAAAGAGCAUUGUGGGUGGUGAAAAAGAACGUGCAGAGGUACUUGCGGCGGUUCGCAAGGGCAUCUUGAAGCGUUCAGGCUCUUCAAGCCCUUCCAUCCGGCCAUCGGAGUCGCCAGAUCUCGUUCUGCCAAACAUUCCAGCUGUCACCGACUCGCCCAAUUCAAGUGCGCCGAGUACACCAAAUGAUGACGCUGGUCCCAAGAGAAAUGCCACGUUUUCACCACGCAUCAUCUUUUACGACACAUGGCCUAGCCAAGAGUAUGACCGCCGUGGUGAAAUUGCCACGUGCAACCGUCUUACACCGAUGCUGGCUCAGCAAAUCAAAGAAGAGCUGAACAGCUUCAAAAUGGAAAUGGAAGUCCAUGAAAAUUCCAAGAUUUAUACGCAUUUCUUCUGA